AUGGGUGUUCAACAACGCCCAAACAAAAAUCAUAAAGGGGCAAAAAAUGUAGCUUGGUGUGUGAAGGAAGAUGUUGCCCUUAUGUCAUCUUGGAUCUAUGCUAGCGAAGAUAACAUUCGAGGAAAAAAUCAAAGAGGGGAAUCGCUUUGGGCACGUGUUCAUAAAUUGUAUCACAACACCCAAGCAGAAAAUCCAAAUGAGCUCAACGAACGAAACAUUGAAUCGAUGAAAGGUCACUGGAAACGUCUUAACGAAAAUGGAAACAAAUGGGUUGCUGCUUGCAGGGAAACAAAUGCUCGAAGAAGGAGUGGCAUGAGCGACAACGAUGUUGAGAAAGAAGCUCAUUCCAUUUACGCAGCAGGUGGAAAUAGGUUUCUAGAUUUGGUUGUAUUUAAUGAAGUUGUGAGUAAACAUCCCAAGUGGAAUGUUCAUGAUACCACCCAUGUUUUUCGUCGUCAAAGUGAAGAUGCUGAUGACCAGGAAAGUGGUGGCAGUUCGAAAAGAUCAAAGACUUCGGAAGAUGGGGGAUUUUCUAUCCCUUCUAAUCCAGAAACUCCAACAUCUGAACAGUUAACUGCGACUCGUCCCAUUGGAAGAGAUAAGGCAAAAAGGAAAGGAAAAUGUAAGGUCUCACAAUCUGAAUCUACUCAUGAAUCUGCUGUUGCUGCAGAACUUCGUACAAUGAGACUCACUAGAGAUGCCGAAGCUGAGUUAAUAAUGACUCGAAUCGAACUGGAGCGUGAGAAGUUGCAAAGAAACGCAAUGAAGAUGAAAGAAAAAAUGUUACUUCAAUUGUUGGCGAAAGAUCACUUAUCUCCAGAAGACGAAGAGAUGAAACGUCAACUAACUAAAAUUGUGUUUGGAGAGUGA